CUUGAAACUGAAAGUCUUACCACUAAAGUCAUUAAAGUAUUAUAUACCUAAUCUGCCUUUUUCUUAUUUUAUUACCAUCUUUUCUUUUAUAUACGUCUUCCUUGCUCUCUCCAGCUGCAUUGGUGUCCUCCACCGACGCCUCGAAACUUGGAAGUUUAUUCAGAGUUAAGAGGCCAAGAAAUGGGAUUUGAAAUGAAUUUUAUGGCCUUUAUUAGUGCAAUACUAGUUGUUUUCUAUUUUGCAUCAGCAAAUUCACAAUCUGUUGUAGCUCCAACUCCAACUCCAACUCCUGCCCCUGCACCAGCACCGGAACACGUAAACCUGACUGACUUACUCUCCGUUGCCGGUCCAUUCCAGACUUUCCUAGGCUAUCUUCAAUCCACCAAAGUCAUCGAGACUUUUCAAAACCAAGCCAAUAACACUGAUGAAGGAAUUACUCUUUUCGUGCCGAAAGAUGAGGCCUUUGCUUCACUAAAGAAGCCCUCUAUUUCUAACCUCACACAGGACCAACUCAAAUCUCUAUGCCUUUUCCAUGCUUUGCCACAUUACUACAAACUGGCUGAUUUCACGAACCUAAGCCGACAGAGCCCCAUUCCUACCUUUGCCGGUGGACAAUACAGUUUGAAUUUCACCGAUAACUCUGGAACAGUGCAUGUUGAUUCGGGAUGGACUAAAACAAAGGUUAUCAGCGCAGUUCGUGCCACUGAUCCAGUCGCAGUUUAUGAGACCGAUAAAGUUCUGCUCCCGGAGGCAAUCUUUGGCACUGAUAUACCCCCAACCCCGGCUCCAGCUCCGGCCCCAGUCCCAGAUACUGCUCCUGUAGCAGAUUCUCCAUCUGAAAAGGAGGGAAGUGAAUCAUCGUCGCCAAAUUCUUCACCUUCGUCUUCUCACAGCAUUGUGAAUUCGGGUAAAUUGAGCCAGUUGGCUUUGGCUUUUGUGGGUGCAAUGCUCAUGUUCUUGUGAAAGACUGUUUUGAUGAUCAGUUAAUUUGUCAUUUGUUUCCUACACAUUCUUUUCCCAUGUAUUUUUUAUUAUACCAUUAUGUAUGACAAUAUGAAUUUUGGUAUGCUUAAAUGCUCUCUUGACUAGAGUUGCCUUA